CUUAACUGCCAUCAAAACUCCUCAUCUCUUUUUUAUUAUUUAGUGAUAUUUUUAAGACUCUAGCGUAGUUAAUUAGCAAAAUUUUAGUAAAAAUAAGUCCGGUGCAACGCAAUGGAACACGAGAGUUACAAGACACCAAUUAAAGUAUUCACGUCGCCGCGAAUCCGAACUUUGCAACAAACGAGUUCCCUCCAGAAGAAAAAUCGACACAAAUACCACUUGAUUCCCAUAAUUCACACCUCGUCGGCAAAUUCGCCGUCUUGCGGGUCUCGUUUCCCCAAAAUUGUGAAUCCCUUCGAGCAACACUUGGCCGAUCGGUUGCAUUUGCCUGUGAUUUGUAGUCCUUCGUUAUUUCAUCGUCCGGCGACGCCGCAACACAGCAGCACGCAAUUCGAAUGGACCAUUGACGACGUGAGCUCCCUGGCUCCGGCAAAUGUCGAGGUUUCGGACCAGCAAUUCCAACAAUGCCACGACCCGGAGCUCGAGGAACGGGCACAAGCUGCAAUAAAUUCGUAUUUUAAGGAGAACGAAAUAGUUCCAAGCCCAAUCGAAUGUCCGUUACGGAAUCAAAAAAUAGUGCUGCGGAACGAGUCUUCGGUGUUUUUGUCGGACUCGAGUGCAGAUAAAAAGCGAAAAAAUGUGAGGAACGGAUGUGCGCAGACAGUUUUGUCUUUCCCACCGAAUUUACCGAAGGAGAUUGAAGACUUAUUGGCUCCUUUUUGUACUUUUACACAAGACCAACAACAAAGUCUGAGCCCACAAGACUGUGAUACGACGAUAGACCAUGAAGCACGUGAUGCCUCGUUGCGACGUAAGCUCUUUGAUGUGCCUUUUGGAGCGUGUGCUGCAAACACAGAGGACAGCAGUUUGCAUGAUUCUCUGCAUGACAUUGACCUCCAGGCGCUUAGUCCGCCUCCAAAGACACCGGAAAUUGACAUCAAACAAAUCAAACAACGCACACGCAACUUUGGAACCCCGCUUAACGCGAGAAACCUGCAAUUCCACGAGAAAUCGCCCAACAUCUCCAUCAGUCCCGUGAAAAAGGACACUUUUGGCUCGUUAUCACCCAUUUCCAAGAUCUCACCGCCGUUAACGACAAAGCCUCAAAUCGUCAUCUCAUCAUCAUCGGAGGACAAAGAAAACCUCUAUCGCAGUAACAACAGUUCCGAUUCGUCUCUUUAUCGCAGCACACCCGAAAAAUCCCGCUCGACACUUGUCCUGUCGCCCGCCGAGAUGUCCAUCGAUCGUUCGGUUCGACAUCUUUCCACGACAAAACACAUUGCCGAAAUGUCGAUAGAUCAGGGCACCGAGUCAAAUGCUCCGUGGGACCUCAGCGACGACACAAAAAGUAAAACGCCCGUACGGAGACGCCCACGAAUCGCCAGCAAAAAUUUGUCUCUGUCAUUUUCGUUGUAUGCUGGAGACAAUAAUUUAAUGGACGAAAAUGAGGAAGAUGCCGUGCUGAGUGAAGUUGUGGGUCUGAAGGAGUCGACGACGCCGAGCUUUUAUCGCACCGACAGCGGAUUCACGGAAACGUCGACAAUGAACGACAGUUUGAAGCACUUUGAUGUCGCCAGGGGGACACAUUUUACUCUCAUGCGUGACGAAAACUCCAUGGAUAUUUCUAUGAGAUCGGAUUUUUGAUUUAUAUUUUUAUUCGGAUUUAUUUUUCGCGCGCGAUGCACUUUUUAUUGUUGCUCACACGGUUUUUUCUUGGUUUUGUUAAAAGGUUAGGUUUUAGCAACAAAAUUGAUAAGGACUCGAAAGACGACGAAAAUAAGCGAUUUAGUGAUAAAAAAUGUAGGAUUUGUAAUAAUUUUUAGUAUUAGCAUAGGAAAUCCUUUCUUUUUUUUUUGUGUACAUAAAAACUGAGUGCAAUUCCAAUCUCACAACUUCAAGACUUAAAAAUAAUUUUCGAAUCAAAAGGAAAAUUGGCUUUCAAUAUGAUCUCAAGUUUUCAAAAUUAAUUGUGACAAGAGACCUUGCGUCGUCACUCCAUUCGGCUAAGAUUUAGAAAUAAUGUUUAUUUUGUAAGGUGAUCCAGUCACUGCCACACCCCCUUAGUUUCAGGAGUAAUUUUAAGGAAUUCUUGUUGCCAUAUUGUUGCUACUUACUUAGCGCACUCAGCUGACACACACGUUAGUUAUUUUUUAAAAAUAUAAGCAAACAUUUAUUUAGUCCUAA